AUGGUUGCUCCUCGGUACUCAAGUGACUACCUCAGACCCUGGAAGCACCUAUCAUCACUGAUGAGCGACUUCAAUACUACGAUAAAGUCUGAUAGGGCGAAGUUCCAAAUCAAUUUAGACGUUCAACAUUUUGCUCCUGAAGAGAUUUCGGUAAAAACUGCUGAUGGAUUUGUCGUCAUCGAGGCUCAGCAUGGCGAAAAGCGUGACGGACAUGGAUGGGUGUCCCGUCAGUUUAAAAGACGUUGUCCUCUACCUGAAGGAUGUUGCCUUGACUUUGUACAAUCUCGUCUAUCAUCUGAUGGAGUUUUAACAGUUACCGCCCCAUUAGAAAAUCAAGUAGCUUCAAAUGAACGUAUUGUGCCUAUCAUUCAAACUGGACCAGUAAAGAAACUGGGAACCAGAAAUGAAACGGGUGAUGGAGAAGGUUCUCAAAGGUCUCCGGCACAAAAUGAAGAGUAA